AUGGCUGCCAUGGUGAGGGCUGCCACCGUCCCUGCAGUCCCCAGGGACCAGCUUGGGGCCCCCCAAGGACAUGGGCAGCCAGGAGAAACACCAGCCUCCAGCUGGUCCAGAGCAGAGGAGGGCUCCCAGCUGUGUCACCGGCCCCAUUCCCAGUUCAAGGAGAUGUUGAGGAGGUGCAAACAGCAGCAGGAAAGUCUGGGUCUGGGAAUGCAUGACGAUGUCAGGGACUUUCUGCAGGAGACACUGCCCUCCAGCCCCCGGGGAAUCUGUGACACAAGGGAGCAGCGUUUCAGAGGUGGCCGCAGGCGCAGCAUGGAUGAGGGGCUGCGGCAGGCAGGUGGCCAGCCCUGCCAGCCCUUCUCGGGGGACAGGUUGAAGCCGGCCGUGGGUGGCCAGCACGCCUCGGAGAGGAGAGGCACCGAGCCAAGCACUGGCACUGUCAAGGGUUUCCUGGAUGUGCUGACAUCAAAGGAGAACAGUAAGAAAGGCUGCUUCAGCACCCUGCCGAGGAACCUGCGCUGCCCCACGGAGAGGAUCUUCUGGGCCACACUCAGCGAGUGCCCAGGGGAGGCUGGGCUCUACAACCCAAAGCCCGCUCAGAGAUCAGCGUACUCCAGCCAACCCCCAUUCUGGUCAUCUGCCAAGAGAUUCGACAGAAAGUCCUACUGCCUCUGUACUGGGAACAAGGGGUCUGAGUGGAGAACAGGCAAUUUGAAAGAGGUCAAGGAUGAAGACAUCGUCGUAAUUGCUGGGGAAUUCCAGAGAUUACAUUUCAGCGGGGAGGUUGUGACACGGCAGCCCUUGGCUACAGCUGGCAGCAGGCAAGUGGACCCUGUAGGUGUUCGUUGCUAUGACAUCACUGACCAUGAAUAACACCCUCAGAAAAUGAUACACGAGUCCCUGGACCGGUGUGACACGCAGUGAUACCUCAGCAACCUGCAGCAGGAUGCGCACUCGCUUGAGCGGCUCAAGCCUGUUGCUAAAAACAACUGGAGUGAUUUGAUUUCUGCUCAAGGAAACGACUCCAGUCUCGCUCUGUGA